AUGAAGAAGAGAUAUGGAGACAUGGUUCCUAAGACCAUUGUAGGGAAGAUCGUUGGUUCUGUCUGUUCUCUGAGCGGUGUGUUGGUCAUCGCCCUGCCCGUGCCCGUCAUCGUGUCCAACUUCAGCCGCAUUUACCACCAGAGCCAGCGGGCAGACAAGAGACGCGCCCAAAAGGCAUCAAAGGCAGCAGGCCAGGCGCUGGUGUGCAAGGCCAAYCCCAUGUUCGAUACGCACCACAAUCACCUAUUGCACUGCCUGGAGAAGACCACGAAUCAUGAGUUUGUGGAUGAGCAAACGUUUGAGACCAGCCUACUGGAGGUUUCCAUGGCGAAGCACCCGCCUCACUCCCCCUCCCUMUCCUCUGGCUCCUCCUCCCAAGGCCUGUCGUGCUGCUCGCGACGCAACAAGAGGAAGAGCUUCAACGUGCCCAACUCCAACAUGACUGGAGGGCAUAGGAACAGCAUCCAGGAGCUYAGCACCAUCCACAUCAGAGAGAGACCCAUCACUAACAGUCGCUCCAGUCUGAACGCUAAGUUCGAGGAGACGGUGCCUCUGAACUGCAAGCAGCCCUACAUCACGGCGGCCGUCAUCACGCUGCCCACGCCGCCCGUCACCACGCCCGAGAACGACGGCUCCGCCUCCUCCCCUGACUACUCACAGGCCAACAUCGUCAGAGUGUCCGCACUCUAGGCCCCUCGCCCCCCACCCCAUCUCCAUGGCAACCCUAACACGGAGAGAGAGAUAGAGAGAGCUAGAGAAGAGAGACCCUUCCCUGCUCCAAUCAGAGAACGGAGGGGAGGGGGUAAGGGGAGGUGUGGUGGUUAGGGGGGACAGUUUAGGCUGCAGGAUCCUUUUUGUUUUCCUACACGUAGCUACUACACGUCUGCUCUUGUGGUGAAAUAAAGUUGCAGUGUAAAGCUGCAGCAGAAAGCUCCGCCUUGGAUUUUUUGGUGGGUGAGAGACUGCGUUGCCGUGGCGACUGAGAUUAGCGCCUUACAAAUUAGCGGAGAGCGUUUAGCCACCUGGCUAACUAACUAACWGCAGCUACUCCCUCCAAACACUCUUCAAGGGAAAACUUACYAUUACUAUUUUUUCUAUAUUGUGUGUCUAAAUGUGAUGUCUUAAAACCGAAAUGGGGGAGGUGGAAUUWGUAUUGGUUUUUAUUGUUUGUUAAGGCCGUGAGUUUGACUAGAGCAGAUGUAUAUUUGCCAUGUUCUGAAAUGUGUGGAGUAGGAAAGAAAAGAAAAAGUAAUUUAAAAUAUUUUGACAAAAAGGAGAGCAAGGUGGUGUAUGCACUGUGUGUGCUAUGUGUGUACAUCUUUUCCUAACUUAUCAGGAGUCACCAAAAAAGUCACCAAAAUGUCCUGACAAGGUAAGAAAACUAGAAAAUGUUUGAAAAGUCAGGACUGAAUUUGUUAAAAUUCAAUUUUAGGCUUAAGGGUUAGGUUUAUGGUUUGGGGUUUAUGUUAGGGUUACGUUUAAGGUUAGGGUUAGGAG